GCACCAACAGGGUUGCUGCAGACUCAUUCUCGCCUGGUUUAAAAAGAGAGAGAGAAGAGCAAGGGGAAGAGAGAGAGAGAGAGAGAGAGAGAGAGAGAGAGAGAGAGAGAGAGAGAGAGAGAGAGAGAGAGAGAGAGAGAGAGAGAGAGAGAGAGAGAGAGAGAGAGAGAGAGAGAAAUGCUUUCUGGCUCUUUUCUCUCCCUUGGUCUUGGCAACGCGGCCGCAGUAGCAGCAGAGGCGGCGGCGGCGGCGGCAGCAGCUACAGCAGUCCCGCCAGCCGGCUGAUGCUGCAGGCUGCCGGGCAGUGGGGAGUGGGGAGUCAUACACACAGGGGAGGUGGAGGGGCCAAGGUGCAGCUCGGAUGGGACAGGCCCCAGCCCUGGAGAAAUGCAGCGCCCAACUUGAUGCCACCCUCCAGCUUCUCCGGCCUCAGGGGAUGGACGCAGCCACAGCUCCAAAGCAAGCCUGGCUCCUGUGGUCCCCACUCCUUUUCUUGCUCCUCCUACCUGGGGGGAGCAUCAGUAGCUGCCCUACUGUGUGUGACUGCACCUCCCAAACCCGGGCAGUACUCUGUGCCCAUAGGCGACUGGACACUGUCCCUGGAGGGCUUCCACUGAACACAGAGCUCCUGGAUUUGAGUGGGAACCGCCUGUGGGGGCUUCAGCGAGGCAUGCUCUCCCGACUGGGCCAGCUCCAAGAACUGGACCUCAGCUACAAUCAGCUCUCUACCCUUGAGCCUGGGGCCUUCCAUGGCUUACAAAGUCUACUCACCCUGAGGCUCCAGGGCAAUCGACUGAGAAUUGUGGGUCCUGGGAUCUUCUCAGGCCUGUCUGCUCUCACACUGCUGGACCUCCGCCUCAAUCAGAUCGUCCUCUUCCUAGACAGAGCCUUUGGUGAGCUAGGCAGCCUCCAGCAGCUGGAGGUUGGAGACAAUCACCUGGUGUUUGUGGCUCCUGGGGCCUUCACAGGGCUGGCCAGGCUAAGUACCCUCACCCUGGAACGCUGUAACCUCAGCACAGUGCCUGGCCUAGCCCUUGCCCAGCUCCCAGCUCUAGUAGCUCUUAGGCUUCGCGAACUGGAUAUUGAGAGGCUGCCAGCUGGGGCACUUCGAGGGCUAGGUCAGCUAAAGGAGCUGGAGAUCCACCACUGGCCAUCUCUGGAGGCCCUGGACCCAGGGAGCCUGCUUGGGCUCAAUCUGAGCACCCUGGCCAUCACCCGCUGCAAUCUGAGCUCAGUACCCUUCCAAGCACUAUACCACCUGAGCUUCCUCCGGGUCUUGGAUCUAUCUCAGAAUCCUAUCUCAGCCAUUCCAGCCCGAAGGCUCAGCCCCCUCAUCCGGCUCCAGGAGCUCAGGCUGUCAGGAGCCUGCCUCACUUCCAUCGCUGCCCAUGCCUUCCAUGGCCUGACUGCCUUCCACUUGCUGGAUGUAGCGGACAACGCCCUUCAGACUCUGGAGGAAACAGCCUUUCCUUCUCCAGAUAAACUGGUCACCCUGAGGCUGUCUGGUAACCCCCUAACCUGUGACUGCCGCCUCCUCUGGCUGCUCCGCCUCCGUCGCCACCUGGAUUUUGGCACCUCCCCUCCUGCUUGUGCUGGCCCCCAGCAUGUCCAAGGGAAGAGCCUAAGGGAGUUUUCAGACAUCCUGCCUCCGGGCCACUUCACUUGCAAACCAGCCCUGAUCCGAAAGUCAGGGCCUCGGUGGGUCAUUGCAGAGGAGGGAGGGCAUGCUGUUUUCUCCUGCUCUGGAGAUGGAGAUCCAGCCCCCACUGUCUCCUGGAUGAGGCCUCAGGGAGCUUGGCUGGGAAGGGCGGGGAGAGUAAGGGUCCUAGAGGAUGGCACCCUGGAGAUUCGCUCGGUGCAGCUGCGGGACAGGGGGGCCUAUGUCUGUGUAGUCAGCAAUGUUGCUGGGAAUGACUCCCUGAGGACCUGGCUGGAAGUUAUCCAAGUUGAACCACCAAAUGGCACUCUCUCUGACCCCAAUAUCACCAUGCCAGGGAUCCCAGGGCCUUUCUUUCUGGACAGCAGGGGUGUAGCUAUGGUGCUGGCAGUGGGGUUUCUCCCCUUCCUCACCUCAGUGACCCUCUGCUUCGGUCUGAUCGCUCUUUGGAGUAAGGGCAAGGGCCGGGUCAAGCACCACAUGGCUUUUGAUUUUGUGGCACCUCGGCCCUCUGGGGAUAAGAACUCUGGGGGUAACCGGGUCACUGCCAAGCUAUUCUGAUCUUUUCUUCCACACUGAAGACUACCCAAGUCCACUUUAGACGCCAAAGGGAAAGGUAGGGCUAAAGUCUGUUGAACCACAGCUUCAUGUCAGACAACAUGCCCCCCCCUCCACCUGUCACCUGCACUCUGAGAGCUGCUCUAGUCUGAGGAUAGCAUUGGCACCUCUUCAUCGAGGGCCCCAGGGAGCUGCAGAUAGAGACCUUAUCGCCAAGACAGCCCCCACUUGGCAUCCCCACACUAGGCCGGAAAGAAAUGCAAGGCUCCAGUCUGCUCUUCACACACUUAUAUCCAUUAAUAUCCAGGACCAGCUGCCUAACACAACCAUAAGAUUAAUUUCAGAAGUGAGCCGGGAAGCACCACAAGCUUCUGAGUCCGUUCAUCAUGCAGGCAUCCUCCCUUCCUUUUCUGCUACCCAGUACCAAAUCCAGCCAGCGCCCCUGGGUGCAAGCAGGAACUAGAGCUGAGGAUCCAGAGAUGCCUGCCAGUGCGGCCUGACUCCACUCUGGCACUCGGCUGCCUGCAGGAGCUUCCACCACCUUCCGGACUGUCAAAAGCCACCACAGUGGCAGUGAGAAUGAAACCUGAUCCCUGGGACUUUAUUUACUUCCAUCUACUUCUUCCCGUUCCUCCUUUUUCAGCUAUUGAUCAUCGAGCCUCCACCUACCCAAGCCUGGCACAAAGGCUGAGGAGGCCCACACGGCCUGCAGAGAUCAGUGCUCCUUGCUCCUCUCCGUGGGCACCCUUGCCCCCUUGCUCUCCUCUCUAGAGCCAAAGAAGGGCAGAUUCCCCCACCUUUGAAGGGAUGCCUCUGCAGCAAUCCCCCGUUUCGCAUCUUCAGUCACUCCGGGGUUGCAGAUCCCAAGCACGCCUGGCAAGGGGAAAGCCAGAGGGGAACUCCUAAGAGUCACGCUAAUAAACACAAGAAUGUGCAGCUGGGAGCAAGGCUGGGGCGCUCAGCAAGCCACGUGAGAAGUGGAGGGAAGGUGGCAGCAGCUGCCUAGACGCUUCGCACCAGCCUCAGCUCCCCCAGCUGGAUUUAGUGUGGCCCCAGUGGGAAGCUGACCCUGGAUAAAUGUCACCUCAAAGAGGAAGUGGAGUGAGAGGUAGAAUCGCUGACUGCUACAGUGUGCUUCCAACAGAGGAUGGAGCAGAGCCCAAAGCACAGACAUGCUGGGAGCUCUAGACACUGACAGCAUCAAGCAUCAGAAGGGGAGGAGGAAGGGGGGCGGGGAGGACAGGAGGAGGGGCUGACAUAAGGAGAGUCACGCAGCCCCGGGGAGCCUUUUCUCUUGACUGCAGCAUCUAGCCAGGGUUUCCUUCCUCCUUGCCCCGUCCCUGCCCACCUCACACCCAAACGUAUGCCACCAUAAGCUUUCUGGUGGCUGCUGUUGCCCUUGCUAGGAGGAGACUCCACUCGCUGCUGCAAGAUCCCUAGCUCAAACUGUCCCUGACAGGUGAGCGGUACUGAGCCAGCAAAGCUGGACCGAGGACAGGACGCAGGCGCACAAGCACUUGGGAGCGCCAGAAGUGGCUGUAGGAGCUUAGGCGUUAAUAGAGCAAGGCUGGAGAAAAGGACAUUCUUGAGAAAUAGGCAACUCUGAGACCCCAAGCUCCUCCAUGCCCUCACAGUCCAAAGGACAAUUCGGCAACCUCCUCCUCUCCCUCCUCUUCUACCAGCAGCUUAUUAGGUCGGGACCUGGGAGCUGCCUGGGGGUGCUCCAUUCUAAGAUGUAUCUCUUUUGUCUCAUGUGUAUGUGUGAGUGCAUGCAUGUUUGUGUGUGCACCGUGUGUGUACUUGGUGCCCACAGAAGCCAGAGGAGGACACUAGAUCCCUGCAGCUGGAGUCUUCCAUGGUUGUGAGCCAACAUCUGGGUACUGGUAACCAAACCCAGGUCCUCUACAAAAGCAAUAAGUGCUCUUAACCACUGAACCAUCUCUCCAGCCUCCCUCCCAACUCCCCCUAUCCCCCACCCCCUUAUUUUAA